UGCAUUAAAACAUUAGAACAAAAAAUGGGCAACGUGCUAGCGGCAUCCUCAGGCAAGAGCAACAGUGUGGCUGCCGGUCUGAGUCUUCCCGAGCCGGUGGUUGCACCCACAGACACAUUGCUAUCGGGCGCCGCCACCGACACCGCCGGGAAGGAUAUUUUCCUGGAGAAUCCAGGCACCGUAGAGGAACUGCACAAAAAAUGCAAAGAUAUACAGGCCGUAACCUUCGAGGGAGCCAAAAUCAUGCUGAACAAGGGGCUCAGCAAUCACUUCCAGGUCUCGCACACCAUCAACAUGAGCAGCACGGUGCCGAGCGGCUACCGCUUCGGGGCCACCUACGUGGGCACCAAGCAGUUCGCCCCCACCGAGGCAUUCCCUGUGCUCCUGGGCGACAUUGAUCCAUCUGGCAAUCUGAAUGCCAAUAUCAUUCACCAGUUCUCGCCGCGCGUACGCUGCAAGUUUGCCUCGCAGGUCCAGGACUCGAAGAUGGUGGCCUCACAGCUGACAACUGAUUAUCGCGGCGACGACUUCACGGGCUCGCUCACCAUGGCCAAUCCGAACAUAUUCAACAACUCUGGCGUAAUCGUUGGCCAGUAUUUGCAGUCUGUAACUCCGGCCAUUGCCUUGGGCGCCGAGAUAGCCUAUCAGUAUGGGCCGAAUGUGCCCGGGCGCCAGAUUGCCCUUGUCUCAGGCAUGGGCCGCUACACAAGCGGCAACACGACGUGGUCCGGUACUCUGGGACUGAGUGGACUGCAUCUGUGCUUCUACCAGAAAGCCAGUGAACAGCUGCAGAUAGGUGCCGAGGUCGAGACCAGCCUGCGCAUGCAAGAGUCAGUCGCCACUGUUGCCUAUCAGAUUGAUUUACCCAAGGCUGAUUUGGUCUUCCGAGGCUCUAUUGACACCAACUGGCACAUUUCGGGAGUGCUGGAGAAACGUUUGCAGCCAUUGCCAUUCACGCUUUUACUGAGCGGCCGCAUGAACCAUGUGAAGAACAACUUCAGACUGGGCUGUGGGCUGAUGAUCGGUUAA